CUAGAGAGUCCGACACCGCGCUCCUGCGUUUGGAGAAGACCGGACUCCGGCUCUGCCGGGGCCGUGCUGGGUGAUCUAUGAUCGCGCGUCCAUGACCAAGCCCUCCGAGUGAUCAGCCUGCCUUAGGGUCCACCCGAGGGUUGCAACGUGGGGGCCAUCUACAAAGCCAGUGUCCUGAAGAUUGCUCUGGGAAAAGGGAAGGAUGCCGCUCUUCUUCCGGAAGCGGAAACCCAGCGAGGAGGCUCGGAAACGCCUGGAAUACCAGAUGUGUCUGGCAAAAGAAGCUGGGGCAGAUGACAUUCUUGACAUCUCUAAAUGUGAGCUCUCAGAGAUUCCAUUUGGAGCUUUUGCAACAUGCAAAGUUCUACAGAAGAAGGUGUUGAUCGUCCAUUCAAACCACCUCACUUCCCUGCUUCCCAAAUCCUGCAGCCUCCUGAGUCUUGCAACCAUUAAGGUUCUGGAUCUCCACGACAAUCAGCUGACAGCCCUUCCUGACGAUAUAGGGCAGCUGACAGCCCUCCAGGUAUUGAAUGUGGAAAGGAAUCAACUGACACAUCUCCCACGUUCCAUUGGGAACCUGAUCCAGCUCCAGACUCUCAAUGUUAAAGACAACAAGCUGAAGGAGCUUCCAGACACCUUGGGGGAACUUCGGAGCUUACGGACUCUUGACAUCAGUGAAAACGAGAUUCAGAGAUUGCCACAGAUGCUGGCUCAUGUUCGAACCCUGGAGACGCUGAGCCUCGAUGCCUUGUCCAUGGUCUACCCACCGCAGCAGGUGUGUGGCGCCGGCACCGCAGCUAUUCUGCAGUUCCUCUGCAAAGAGUCAGGGCUGGAAUACUACCCCCCUUCUCAGUACCUGCUGCCAGUUCUGGAGCAAGAUGGAGCCGAGAACUCUCGGGACAGCCCUGACGGGCCCACAGACAGAUUCUUGAGGGAGGAGGUAGAAUGGCAGAAUAGGUUCUCAGACUAUGAGAAGAGAAAGGAACAGAAGAUGCUGGAGAAACUGGAGUUUGAACGGCGCCUGGAACUCGGGCAGCGAGAGCAUGCCCAGCUCCUUCAGCAGUGCAGCAGUCAGAAGGACGAGAUCCUUCAGACAGUCAAGGAGGAGCAGUCUCGGCUAGAGCAGGGCCUGAGUGAGCACCAACGCUACCUCGAUGCAGAGCGGCAGCGGCUGCAGGAACAGCUGAAGCAGACGGAGCAGAACAUCUCCAACCGCAUCCAGAAGCUCCUGCAGGAGAAUCAGAGACAAAAGAAAAGUUCUGAGAUUUUGAAGUCACUGGAAAAUGAAAGAAUAAGAAUGGAACAGUUGAUGUCCAUAACCCAGGAGGAGACGGAGAACCUGCGGCGACGUGAGGUUGCCUGUGAGUUGCAGAACUUGGUCCAGCAAGCCUGUUCCAGCAUGGCUGAAAUGGAUGAGCGGUUCCAGCAGAUUCUGUCGUGGCAGCAGAUGGAUCAGACCAGAGCCAUCAGCCAGAUCCUGCAGGAGAGCGCCAUGCAGAAGGCUGCGUUCGAGGCCCUCCAGGUGAAGAGAGACCUGAUGCAUCGGCAGAUCAGGAAUCAAAUUAAGUUAAUAGAAACUGAGUUAUUGCAGCUGACACAGCUGGAGUUAAAGAGGAAAUCCCUGGACACAGAGACACUACAGGAGAUGAUCUCAGAGCAGCGCUGGGCUCUCAGCUCCCUGCUCCAGCAGCUGCUCAAAGAGAAGCAGCAGCGAGAGGAAGAGCUCCGGGAAAUCCUGACGGAGUUAGAAGCCAAAAGUGAAACCAAGCAGGAAAAUUACUGGCUGAUUCAGUAUCAGCGGCUGUUGAACCAGAAGCCCUUGUCCUUGAAGCUGCAAGAAGAAGGCCUGGAGCACCAGCUGGUAGCCCUUCUGGAGGAGCUGUCGGCCGAGCACUACCUGCCCAUCUUCGCCCACCACCGCAUCUCGCUGGACACGCUGAGCCAGAUGAGCCCUGGGGACCUGGCCAAGGUGGGUGUCUCGGAAGCUGGCCUGCAGCAUGAGAUCCUGCGGAGAGUCCAGGAACUGCUAGAAGCGGCCAGGAUGCAGCCAGGUACCAGCACAAGUCCGGGGCCUCUGCUCGUCAAGGGCGCCAUCCAUAUGUGUGGGCCGUGGCGGGGGCGGUCGCGUGCUUACAUUUCAGGACAGGCUGGUUCUAGCCCCUGUGAGUCGGCCCAGAUGAUCUUCCUCAACUGCGGCCACGUCUGCUGCUGCCCGCAGUGCUGCCAGCCGCUGCGCACCUGCCCGCUGUGCCGCCAGGCCAUCGCCCAGUGCCUCCGGAUCUACCACAGCAGCUGAGCGCCGCUGCCCCGCCUCGGCCCCUGCAGGCCCCGGCCCCCACUCACCCCAUGUUGGCCAGACUAGUACAAGGCCGCCCUGCCCUGGGCCCUUUCCCCAUAGCCCGGAAAUCCCCCUUGAGCUCCAAGCACGCCUCGCCUCUGCCAGGUGGGGGCGCCCCUGACCUGAGGCAUUGCUGGUCUGAGUACUGUGGGGGGCGGAGCGGGGGUGGCUGCACCACCACCGAGCUCAUGGCUCUGCCUCGUCCCAGCUGCGUGACCGUGGGCGGGGAGGAGCUUAAGGUCCUCACCUGUGGAACGUGCACAGUGCCGCCCACUCUGCAUGUGGAGGGCAAGCAGGAGGGCCUUGGCUGGGCAUGAGGGAUGGCCACAGGCCAUCGGGGCUGUCCUGGGAAGGUGUGCAGGGCUGGCCUGUGCUCACAAGUGGUGCCAGCCCCACUGGGACCUCUCUCUGCUGCUCCCCAGUGCUCUGGGCCCUUCCCACUCCCCACAGCUGCACCCUCCUCGCCACCCCAUGCAGCGCAGCUGACCCAAAGCAGGAACGUCAAGUCAAUAAAUCCAUCUCAGCGUCUCCUUCAGAGUCAUCACCAGGUCCCGUGGGAGCCCAGGAGAGGGAGGGGCUGGGGCUGGGG